AUUGUUUUGAAAAAACGAUUACGGCAUACACACAAUGCUGAAAAUUGUGAAAUUCGGCCGACGACUAUCGGCGCAAUACCGAACAAUAUUAACCAGUUAUCCGGCUAAAUGGUCAUUCGGACCAGAGCAAAUUGUGAGCACCUGUUUCCAUAAUGGUGUCUGUUGCCGGUCAAAAGACGAUGAUUCAAAUCCAAAGGAUGAGGAUGCAUCAAAAGUCGCGCCGAACAUUGCUUCCAGAUACGAACUGUUCGACGAGCAAAAGGCGGCAGUCAUUUUAGAUGUCGAAGAAGAACGUGACAAAAUGCUCGCGGGUGAAUUGGAAAUUGAAGAGAUCGAAGAUGCUGCACCCAAUCCUUUUGCAGGACUGAAUAUAGAACGUGGAAAGACCGGCGUAUUUGAUAUUGAAGACCUGAUAACUGUAUUAAGACGUGAUAAUGCUGAGAAUAUAUUUGUAUGCACCGUACCAAAAGAAUUAAAAUACGUUGAUUAUAUGGUGGUCAUAACGGCGCGCAGUCACCGACACAUGAAAGCAAUAGCCGAAUUUGUACGGAAAAUGUUUAAAGUCAAGAGGGGCAAAGGCGAUAAAAUACCAAAAAUCGAAGGCAAAAACAGUGACGAAUGGCUUGCAAUGGAUUUGGGAAAUAUUGCGUUACACAUAUUCUCGGCAAAAGUACGCAAACAAUAUGAUUUGGAAAUGCUGUGGAGUGUCGGACCCAAUUAUGAUACCGAAUCAAAUAAACCGGAUCAUCCGAUAUUGGAUAUGUUUAACAAGCAUUCAUUCUUGUUUGGCCAAGCGCCAUCCGAAAAUAGUUUUAGUAAUAGUAGCUCUAGUGGAAGUAAUGUUAAUUUUGAUGAUGAUCGACAUGCGUUGGACGAUGUAAAAAAUAAAUGAAUUAGAAGAGAAACAAAAAUAAAAUUUACCAAAUUUUUAACGCCAUAAA